CUGUUGAGAUUGUGUUGACAUACAGUAAAUAUUCAACUACCGUAGUAAUACAUAUUUGAAUAGGAACUGCUUAACUACACAGACAUGCAAGAAGUAAAUAGACACUUGCUUCUUGCAUGCCUGUAAGUAAAUUAAUAAAGUAAAGUACAUUACCGCUUGUGCCAACUCUAUGUGUCAUCACGUCCUGGGUUUGUUUAGUGGCAUAUUUGCGUGAGACUUCAGUCCAAGAAACGAAAGUGAAAGAAAAGCUGUUCAUGGAAACGUUCACAUCGGCUCCUGACUCAAAGGGUAUAUUUCUCACGAUAUGAACGUGGAGGAGUUAUUAUGGGCACGUAUGGGGACAUCUAAUGUCAAAAGUCCUCCCAUUGGAGGUGAGAAACAUUAUGAGUGGCAGCUGUCAGUUGGAAAUCAGUGGCUGCGAAUAGACAAUGACCAUAUGAUCGAGACCCACUACUGCCAUCCUGGAGCUAAAGGAAUCACCAUCAACACUAGCCAUGGGAAGGUGUUCAUAGACUUUGAUAAGCUACAGACUCGGAACGCAGGCCUGAAUGUGCGCAGACAAAGUUUACUACCUGCAGGCCAGACGGAGGACAUCGGCUGGUAUUUUAGAGAUGACCAGCUGUGGCGUGAAUAUGGAUCCCAGAGCUCCAACACGUUAUCCUCGUCAAUCGGCAGCAGAGAUGUCGAGCGUCAGUUCACUCUAAACCCUCGGGGAUCCUUCAGCUUCACUGUGGGCUCGACAAGCUACACACUCGACUUCUCCUCCAUGACCCAAGCAAAUGGCAUCACAGGCCUGCGCAGGAAUGUACGCCGGCGUCCAAAAUUCACGACCAAGACGGGGAGCAUUUACUCCAUGCCAGUUUUUCCCACGGCUUCCUCCUCCCAGCUCACUGAUGGAGGCUACAAGUGGGAGUUCAUGGGAGAUGAAGGGGAAUGGACAGAAUACCAAGCACAUGUAUGUUCGUUUGACAGCACUGCCAUUGAGAGACAAUACCAGCUGAAUCCACAGGGCCAGCUACAUUUCAAGAUCAAGAGAUACACGUACACCCUGGAUUUUUCAAGUAUGCAUCAGAUGAACGACCACAUUGGGACAAGAAGAGCAGUACGGAGGACUGCUGACAAUGGGAGUCAAGACAGCAGCAGGGUCGAGAUGGAAUGGAGCUUAUCCCAGCUGACAUUGGGCGAGAGGCUGCGUACACCCAGGACAAAUCGCCAGUACAUCACAGGGCUGACACAUAGAGACGAACAACGAUUUACACUCACACCUACGGGCAAUUUAGAGCCACUAUAUAACCCGUUAACUAUGAGGGCGAGGCGGAGAACCCAGAGAGAACCAAGGCUGCUGGGGUUCGAACCUGAAACCUUCUUGCUUGCCGGCUCACUGCUACGAUGGCAGUUCCAGGAUAUUGAUGGAAAAUGGAAAGAUUAUUCCAAAGGAAAUGGUCAGUGCAGCAUGUCCAGUGACGACAUCGAGCUCCAGUACCAACAGAACCCGUCAGGAACCAUUAAGUUUACCACCAGGAGCUUUUGCUAUGAGCUAAACUUCUCAGCCAUGACUCAGAGGAACCUGUCCACAACCACCACCAGAUCAGUGCGACGACUUAACAACUGACUGCUGGGACAACAACAGAUCUAAAGGUCGAGGUUGAACUUGUAGUUGAGCUUCAGAAAUGACCUCACUUCCUGCCUCAGGUUGUCUGAUAUUUGAAUGACUCUGUACUGUUUUUCACAAACUGCCUUAACGAUGGAUGAACUAAUCAACGACCUUUAUCAACACGGCCUAUGAUAAUCAUAGGCCUUUAAAUGGUGUUUUCCUCGACCACUGCUCCAAUGUUGGGAUUGGGACUUGGGUAAAUUAAAGUUAAGGAUUACUAAAUUAAAUAUAUUGCCCCAAGUGAUGGGACACAAAGGACUGUUUACCAAUGUUUUACAUGAUCUUGCCUUUUUUUGUGCCUGGAACUAUCAGUUUAGUAAAUGAACAUGAAUACUGCCUUGUAAGCAGCACAACUGUAAAGAUACCUGUUAACCAAAAUGAAGUGAACGCCUUAAUACUGCCACAGAAUCAGCACUUGGGCAUCACACAAAUAAACGACCACCCUUUGAGAGUAUUA